AUGGACCUGAUUCCAAGUUUUUCUGUGGAAACUUGGCUUCUCCUGGUUACCAGCCUGGUGCUCCUCUAUCUAUAUGGGACUUAUUCACAUGGAUUUUUUAAGAAGCUGGGGAUUCCUGGGCCGACACCUGUGCCUUAUUUUGGAAAUAUUCUGGCCUACCGUAAGGGGAUUUGGGAUUUUGACAAUAAAUGUUUCCAAAAGUAUGGAAAAAUAUGGGGGUUUUUUGAUGGUCGGCAGCCCGUGUUGGCUAUCACCGAUCCAGACAUGAUCAAAACAGUCCUCGUGAAAGAAUGUUAUUCUGUCUUCACAAACCGGCGGACUUUUGGGCCAGUGGGAGUCAUGAAAAAUGCCAUUUCUCUGGCUGAGGAUGUGCAAUGGAAGAAGAUACGAACACUGCUGUGUCCAGCCUUCACCGGCGGAAAGCUCAAGGAAAUAUUCCCCAUCAUUGACCAAUUUGGAGAUGUGUUGGUGAAGAACAUGAGGAGGGAAGCAGAGAAAGGCAAGCCUGUCACCAUGAAAGACAUUGUUGGGGGCUUCAGCAUGGACGUGAUCACUAGCACAGCUUUUGGAGUGAAGAUUGAUUCCCUCAACAACCCACAAGACCCCUUUGUGUAUUAUACCAAGAGGCUCUUAAGAUUUGAUUUCCUCGACCCACUCCUUGUCAUUUCCGCACUCUUUCCAUUCCUUCGUCCAAUCUUUGAAUUGUUAAGUUUCUCUGUGUUUCCAAAAAGUGCUGUAAAUUUUUUCACAAAAUCUGUGAAAAAGAUGAAAGAAAGUCGUCUCAAAGAUGAAGAUGUGCAUCGACUGGACCUUCUUCAGCUGAUGAUUAACUCCCAGAAUUCCAAAGAAACGGGCGCCCAUAAAGCUCUGUCUGACCCAGAAAUGGUGGCCCAAAGUAUUAUCUUUAUUUUUGCUGGCUUCGAGCCCACUACCGAUUCUCUUUCCUUCCUUUUCUAUAAACUGGCCACUCACCCUGAUGUCCAGCGGAAGCUGCAGGAGGAGAUUGAUGCGACUUUUCCCAAUAAGGCACCUCCCACGUAUGAGUCCCUGGAACAGAUGGAGUAUCUUGACAUGGUGCUGAAUGAAUCUCUCAGAUUGUUCCCACUUACGGCUAGACUGGAGAGGGUCUGCAAGAAGGAUGUGGAAAUCCAUGGCGUGUUCAUUCCCCAAGGGACCGUGGUGAUGGUGCCGAUCUACACGAUUCAUCAAGACCCAGGGCACUGGCCAGAGCCUGAGGAGUUCCAUCCUGAAAGUCGGUUCAGUAAGAAGAACAGGGACAGCAUAAAUCCUUACACACACAUGCCCUUUGGCACUGGACCCCGCAACUGCAUUGGCAUGAGGUUUGCCCUCAUGAUCAUGAAACUUGCUGCUGUCAAAGUCUUACAGAACUUCUCCUUCAAACCUUGCAAAGAAACACAGAUUCCCCUGAAAUUAAGUCCUCAAGUACUUAUGCAACCAGAGAAACCCAUUGUUCUAAUGAUUGAGCCACGAGAUGGGACAUUAAGUGGAGCGUGACUCUCCCUAAGGACUCGGGCUUGGUUCCUCAAGGAAGCUGCAUCCCAAAGCAUCAGAGACCUUGAUUUCCUUUGUGAUGAAGCCCAGAAAUGAAGAUGGGCUUCACCUACUGCCCUUGGUGGAUGAUUAGAGAUUCUGCACAUUGCUUAGCUUCUCACUGUCUAUGUGGAGUGUUAUAUCCUGUGUCAUUUGAAAGAGGUGAUUAAUAAGGGCCAGAUAUGUAGGCUCAGCUUCUUGGGUUCUCAUGAGACCAUCUCCAUCCACCCCCAGUUAGUACCACCUUCUUCUUCUGAGCACUGAUUGAAACGAAAAUAUUCUCAACAACUUUUAUCAACAAACUUUAAUGAAAAUA